GUCCCAUCUAGCGCCAAUGUGGUAUGUUUGCCCAACUUGAGCCAAAUUAAAGGCCUCCUGUGAUUGCUAAGUGGAUUAUUGAAAACUGCAAAAGAGCAUCAACAUGCGUUUUACAAAACAAAGCGUUUGAAUAAGCCCACGACGCCCUUGGGAGUGUAGAAAGCAAAAUGGCAAACACCAACGUAUUGACAAAACAUUAUCAUCAGGGAGGGUUGACUGAACGAUUCAUAACGAGUGAAGUUCAAUAACCCACUCUGUACACACCCACGAUUGAAUACACCUCGAGUCGAGCUUUACACGAUCACCAUUAAACCAGGAAGAAAAUAUGGUAAGAAGUUUAACACGGUAAAGAACAUUUUCUAAAGGCAACAAAACAUCGAUAUAUAUAUAGCAAGUAAUUUCCGCAUUCUUUCCGUAAUCCAUCACUUUAUGUUGGUGAAAUUAAUAAGAGUUUUAAAACCAUGGUGAUUAUUACAAACGACGCGAAGUUUUAAACUUCAUAUGGAUUUAUAUCUUCAAAGAUAAAACAUUGGUUUACACCAGAACUUAAUAGAUAACGUGCUCAAAUAAACCGAAACUACAAAGUUUCCCAUUGGAUUUAGUUUAGUUCGCCCUCUUAAACAGAGAGCAAGUACAAACAGUUUAAUUAAUAUAAUUGAAAUCGUGUAUUCACGGAUUGCACGAGAGUUUCGUACGUUAAAAGUUUUAGCAUGUUUAAAGCUGGUUCGUGCAUCAAGUGCCAGUUACAAUAACAAUACUUAUUCUUUAAUAGAUUUUCGGAUAAACAAUGGGAAGUUGGUUUUUCAAGGAUUACAUACGGUAAAACCGCCUGAACCUGAGUACAACUGUUAACCAGUCAUGCAGUAUGGCAGCGGAAGGACCAACCGUACCGCUUUCUCUGGCAAAUCAAAUACAGCAGUGCAUUGAUGACAACAAGUUUGAUGAACUUUCUGAAUGCCUGCAAGAUGCAUUCACCCAUCCUGAUAAUACCCAGCACAUAGCUGUGCAAUGUCACAAGAUCGUUGGGUUCGCAUGUCGGCAUGGUAACUGGGAACUGUUGGACCUGCUUAUGAGAUUGGGACUGGACAUAUCUGUCUGCUCAGGGAGUUGGAUGACUCCAGCCCAGACUGUGUGUGAGCUAGGCCAUAUGGAGGUUCUAGAGUUCUUGUACAAGCGUGGCAUACCAAUAUCUGUGGACAACAUUCUGCCGUGGCAUGAAGAGUCGCCUUUCUACCUGGCUUGCAGGAACGGCCAUCGCCAUAUAAUUGACUUCCUCAUUGACAAAUAUCCCAAUAUGGUCAAACAACCUGAUGUGCGAAGCUGCUUACUGUAUGCAGCCUGUCUCGGUGGUAACAUUGACGUUGUGCGGAAGUUCCUGACUCCUGAUCUGGACAUCAACCAUAGCGUGCAGCUUGUUCGCACAUUCCAGAACAGCGAGUCGUUGACUCCCCUUUAUGCAGCCUGUGCAGGCGGUCAUCAGCACUUGAUAGACUUCCUGCUGGACAAUUUUGGCCCCGAGCUGGAGUUCAGGGAGGCAGUGUGCAAGCAGUUUCCUGACAUGAUCGGGCUCUAUGUGGCCGAGUUCUUCAAACGGGACCACACUGAAAAUGAGGAGGACCUCUUUCAUCUGGUUAAUGGUAACCUUCGAAAGAAGAACCUCUUCUAUCUCCAUGUCGACUGGUUGCUACCCUACACAGUGACCUUGAUUGACCUUGACAUCAGUGAGAACUCCCUCACUCAGUUACCAGCAUCGUUGCCAUGGAAAUUUCAGAACCUAAAGACACUUAAUGUUUCCAAGAACAACAUCCGGAGGCUCCAUCCACCUGAAGCGGAGGACGAAGACCUGUGUCUGAGCUUGGAAGAAGUGAACCUAUCCCACAAUGCCCUAGAGGAAGUCUGUCAUGAGUUGUUCCGCUUGACGACCUUGAAGAUCAUCAACCUCGCCUACAACAAACUGAAACACUUGACAAAGUCUAUCCACCAACAGGGGGAGCUGCAGAGGGAUUCUGAGACCAUCAAGCUGCGAUGUAAGGGGAGCACACGUAGUAGAACAGGGACCACAACAAAAUUAGCACUCCCCUGUAAGCCCAGCCCUGCUUUGUCAGAGACUGUGAAGUGGUGCUGUAGUGGCCUGAAGAGACUGGACGUAUCCAAUAACAACCUGGAGUGUCUGCCGCUUGACCUGAAGGAAUGCACUGGCCUCUCCUACCUCUAUGUUCAGAACAACUGUCUGACCGCCUUCCCACAGGCCUGGAAAUGUCCCAUGAAAACCCUGGAUGUGAGCAGUAACCAACUAGAGAGGUUUCCUACCAACAUUGAUGUGUUCUGGUCUGCAAGUCUCCAAGUCCUGAACAUCAGCAACAACAAACUGGACUCCUUGGACGAAGGAAUUGUCAAACUGGGAGUGCUCACUGACCUAAAUGCGUCCAACAACACAAUAGAGCGACUCCCCAGUGCGACCAUCUGGAAGUGUGGACAUCUGCAUUGCCUCAAUCUCAAGCACAACCAGCUGGGCAUAAGAAUAACCAGCCCUAACAGAAACAGGUUAUUUGCGGUUUUAAAACGUACAAGUAGAACGAACAGUGAAAGUGAAAAUGCACCUGAGUUUCCUGAGAGCCUGUCUGUUUGCCUGAAGGAGCUAAGAUUAGCAGACAACAAUCUUGACUGUUUUCCACCAAGCAUCUUCAAAUUGGGCAGUUUGGAAAUACUGGACUUAUCUGACAACCCUUUGAUAAGAAUAUUGCCCAGAGAGCUUGGGCUGCUGAAGAAUCUGAGCCUUCUCAAAAUGAAGAAUGUACGACCGACAGUGCCAGACAAUCUCUCCAGUUUGUUUACAGAGGAAGGAACUGACACCCGUAAGCUGGUGGCUGCUCUUCUGGACAAGCUACGAGGCAGCCGACCAUGCCACAUUGUGAAGGCAGUGUUAUUGGGAAAGAAGGACAAGGGCAAGACAACUCUUAUGAACAAACUAGCACAUAAAGACGGGGUUGUCAGAGAACAUGUCAGGAGUGUUGUACGCGAGGAAAUCACACUAUCCUACAAGCGGCCAGAGAUCAAGUUGCAUGUGUGGGAUGUGCCAGGGGACGAGGUGUUCACGCUCGUACAUCACAGUCUCUUCACGCGCCACAGCCUGUACAUCCUGGUCUGGGACUUCUGGUCCAUAGCUGAGGAGGCUGAUAAGAUUCGCACCUGGAUUAACAAUAUAAAGGUCAGUUCAGAGCACUUCAAGAUAGUGCUGGUGGGUACAUUCACAGACCGGUUCCCACCAUCAGAGCUGGACAAGGCGUUGGAGUCCGUGCAGGCUACACUCAGUCUGAAGCUUGAGCACACCGGGGUGGUUCCAGUGCUGUGUCCUGUGUCUUGUAUCAAGAAUGAAGGCCUGAGUGUCCUGAAAGAACAGCUGUACAAAGUGUGUGCCUCUAUGGUUCAGCCGGGAAGGUCAAAAGAGCCCCUUGUUGGUCGUAUGAUACCGGGCUGCUACUACAAGGCCUCAGAGGAAUUGCGGACAGAACAACUUAUACGAGCACGGAGCAGGAAGCCUCUGUGCAUUUCACAGUCAGAGUUUAUGAGAAUUCUCACGAACAUGAAUGCCGCUGACCUUGACCUUGCAUCCCAGCAGGAAAUCAAAGCAUUGACCAAGUUCUUAGUGAUCACUGGUCAUUUGCUGCAUUUCCCUGACCACCUGGGUGCCCUGGACAGCCUAUACUUCUUGGACCCAGGCUGGCUCUGCGAUGUGCUGCUGCAUCUGCUCACUUCAUCAGAUGGCAAAAAGCUCCUGAGACAUGGGCAGGGAAAAAUCAGACGCAUCGAUGUAGAAGAGAUUUACACUAAAGCCAAAGACAAGUUUCCAAUCGAGUUCUUAAAUCAGUACCUGGAACUAUUAGAAAGAUUUGAGCUUGCUGCAGCUAUUUCACACUCUAAAAAACUGUUUGUUCCAAGCGAGCUGCCCAAAGAUCCUCCAUUGGUGGAGAGCAAGGACGAGGUUGUCUCCUCCAAUGUCAUUCGCCGCCUCUACUGCAUGGCCGAGUGUCCCAGUGGCUUCUGGACUCGCCUGCUUACACGGAUGAUGACCCGCGUGGAGCAGUUCUCCAAGAGUGAGUGGAUGUUCACCCCAGUCAUGUCUGGAUCAGUACGGAUUGCGUCCACACAUCGUCAUGGUUCACUCAACAAGCCAAAGCGGGAGAUGAGCCAUUUAAGGCUUUUGGAGACAAGUCUAAUAAAUUCAAGUACCAGAUCCAAGGGUUUGUAUAUAAAAAACCAUACAAACACAUUUUGUCAGGAGUGGAUGAGGGUCACACAUGCAGAUGGAAGCUUCUGUGUAGAGCCAGUAUGCUUAAGUGGUGAUGAAGAUGAGUCAUUAAAAGGGAUUCUUAUAACAGAGGUCAAUCGCAGGCAAGAGUUUGGUAUCAUGGGGGUGAUUGUUGAUGAAAUAGAAGACAUUGUACAGGACUUCUAUCCAGGUCUGUUAGAGAUUGAUUCCCAGUCGAUGACAGAGAGACUGACGCGCUAUGCUGUGUGCCCCAACUGCUACCCUACCCAGCCCCUGCCAGCCUGUCUGAACCACUUCACCGUGGAGUACUGUGCUAAAAAACUUGUGCAGGGGCUGCCCGUCGUGUGUCCAAAGCAGCAGACAACAGGUAAACAGUAUGAGCUGACAACAUUGGUCCCAGAGUUACUGUUGAAAGAUUUGCCAAGGAAGUUCUUUAUGGAACUGGGCCUGCUAAAGUUGGAGGAAACCAAAGAAAACUGCCUGGGAGGUGGAGUGGCUGGAGCCGUGUACAAAGGUUACUAUGGUGACACUGCAGUAGCAGUGAAGAUCUAUCGUAGCGAUAUACGUCAGAAGCCAGGGUCUAGUAACCAUAAGUUUGACUCCAAAGGGAGCGAUAGCGGCACUGCCACCAUCUCUACCUUUGACUCUACUGCAGCUGAGGAAGACAUUUAUGAAAACACAUUUUUCAACGAAGGCCCAUUUUCAUCAUCAGAUUAUGAUUCAGAAUUGGCAAUAAAGUCAUACAGAUCGUUGAAAGAAUUGCGCCAAGAAGUCUCUCUUACCAGCCGUCUGCAUCACCCUUGUAUUAUCUCCCUUGUGGGUGUGGCAUUUAGCCCUAAACUUAUGAUGGCUCUGGAGUUAGCUCCCUUGGGUAGUCUGCGAAACGUCUUGGACAAAGAGAUGGAUGAUAAGGCUUACUACCUAAACUGGGAAAAGGAUCGCCUCUAUUCACCUUUUCUCACUAAAGAGCUCAUCUUCAAACUUGUGUAUCAGAUUGGCAAAGGAUUGGAGUACCUGCACAGCAAUUGUAUUGUCUACAAGGACCUGAAGUCAGACAACAUCCUCACAAUGUCCUUGGCCUUGGAGGCACCAGUCAAUGUCAAGCUGUCAGACUAUGGCAUAUCAAGGUACAGCUGGGGAGGCAGAAGUGUAGGCCUGGUGGGAACUCUGGGAUACCAGGCACCAGAGAUUCUUGAGGGGGUGUCAUACAAUGAACAGGUGGACAUUUUCUCCUUUGCCAUGGUGAUAUAUGAGAUAUUCAGUGGAAGAAGACCCUUCUCAGAAUAUGAGAACCUGUCCCAGGUGACAAAAGCCCUCAAAAUGGAGGGAAAGAGACCUUGCCUCAUGGACUUCAACAUGAACACGAGGUUCCCCUAUCUGGAGAGUCUCAUGCAGGAAUGCUGGAAGGAGGAGGCAGACAGUCGCCCUCCUGCCCAUGUCAUUGUGACAGAACACAACAUGAAGUCUGCCCAGUUUGUCAUACAGAGUUCCACAUUCACCAUAUCCAAGGAGCCAUUUGAGCCACAAUGUGUUAUGGGAGCAUCUGUCACCAAUAAGCGUCCCUACCUGUGGGUGUGGGAGGGGGAGGACAAGAGAAGAACCCUCAGUGUGCUAGACCCAGAGUGGGGGACUGUGACUGUUGACAGAAAUGUGUACCCAGGUCCUAGAGUCACCUCCAUGACGAAAGUUGGGAAACUCAUUUGGAUUGCAACUGUGAACAAUGAAAUUGAGGUUUUCGAGAUGGGAGCUCAACUGGAGCUGCAAGACAAGGUGAAACUGAGUGCUUUGCCCUUGCACAUUCUCUCUACGAAAGAGAAGCAUUUUCCCACUGUAUAUGUGGCUUUGGAGAAUGGUGAAAUGCUCCAGUUCAAGUCGAAUGAGAGGCAACCUGGAAAGGGAAAUAACAUGUCUAUGAAGCGUGUCCAAGGUUAUGCCAACCCAAAGACUCUAAGAUUGCGCUCCUGUCCGAUUCACUGCAUGACAUUGUCGGAGGACAAUAACGUGGUAUGGGUUAGCAACGAAAAGAACAUUGACAUCAUCAGUGUGGCUGAUUUCAAGGUGCUCACUGAUCAGCGUGUUAGCAUGCAGAUAUUGCUAUCCUUGCUUAGGCUGCCAAACCAGUUUGUUACUCAAAUUGAGUGUACUGAAAAACAGGCAUUUACUUUGCUUUUUGAUACCCCAAUUGUUCUUGAAUUUGAUGUAGAAACGGUGACUUGCAUAAGAGCAUUUACUUUUGAACCAGACAUUAUUUACAAAAAGUUUGUUGCCGAUGAGCUGGUUUUGUCAGUGAAAGACCACGAGGCUUACAAAGGAAACAUCUGUCCGAGAAGCAGAGAAGACUCGGCUACGAGCCUGGACUCGUCAGAUGAUGAUGAUCUUUCACAAGGUGCAAUAGCAGAAGUACGUAACAGAUUUUCCAUGAUUGACCUAAAAACAGAAACUCCCCCGGAGAGGCCUCCAAAACCAAACAUGCCUUCUCGCAAGCUGACUUCAGAGAAGCAAAAUGGGGAUGUAGAUAGGCCACCAGUUCCCCAUAAAACACCAGAAGUACAAGAAGCCCUAAAUAGGCUAGGUAAAUCAAUGUCCCUUUAUGUACCACCAACCAAAACUUCAACUCAUCAACCACCUUCAGUGAGGCCAGAAUUGAAGCCAUGCACAUCGCAUUCCUUGCCCAUUUUAACAAAACCGAGAAGUUUUAGUGUAACUGUGACUUCCAUUUCAGUUGUUGAAGGAUCUUUAUGGGUAGGCAGGAGUAAAGGUGAUAUUUGCGUUGUUGACACACACCUUGCUAAGGAUCGCACGAACAGUACCUAUGGACAGGUGCAAGCUGACAUGUAUGAUAUGAAAAACAGAAGUCGUUUUUUGAGACAACCAGAACAUGUUAAUUUAAUACGUUUGGGCAAAUUUGUUGCUUCAGCGUACUUGCUGAAAGACGCCCUGGGGGGUUCAGAAGUGGACAUUGCUGCAUGGGAUGCAUAUUCAGCGUCCGACUGUGAGCGAGUUGCAACUUACUGGGAGGUCAUUGCAUCCAGCGAAGAGAAAAUGGCCAAGGAUCUUGGGAAUUCCACCAGCUCAGUAGGGUCUAGGACAUCAGAUAUUAUAUAUAGAAGAUUGGAAUAGAAUACAGGGAAUUUCCUCAAUCAAUUGAUAGCAGCAUUAUUAAAUCCCUUUAAAGUGUGAUGAUGUAUGUCAUAAGUGCAACAUUUUAAAAUGGUCAGUCACAGGGAAUGUACUUGAACAGGUUUUUAUUAUACCUCCACAAACGAAGUUUAGGGGGGUAUAUAUGAGUGAGCUUGUCGGUCUGUCGGUCAGUCGGUCGGUCCGUAUUAAGUGUCCACUCUCUAAUUCAAGUUGUUUUCAUCGGAUCUUCACCAAACUUGGUCAGAUGUUGUAUCUAGAUGAUGUCUAGGUCAAGUUCGAAUAUGGGUCAUGCCGGGUCAAAAAUGAGGUCACAGGGUCACUUAGUGUGUUUUAAACAUUGAGCAUGGUGUCCACUCUCUAAUUCAAGUAGUCUUCAUCAGAGCUUUACCAAACUUGGUCAGAAGUUGUAUAUAGAUGAUGUGUAGGUCAAGUUCGAACAUGGCCAUGCCGGGUCAAAAACAAGGUCAUGGGGUCACUUAGUGCGUUUUAAACAUUAAGCAUGGUGUCCGUUGUUUUUUGUGAAGACAACAUUCAAAAUAUUCUGUGUCAAUGCGGAAUGUGGGGGUAUUCGUCACGUCUGUGACAAAGCUCUAGUCUGUAAUUAAUGUAUACUUUUAAUAAUUUAUAACAUGAACAGUGUAUUAUAUAUAUAAUUUAAGAAUUUUAUUUUUAUGUUUGAAGAUGGCUCUUUUGCAUCCUUUUAUUGAUGUACUGUGUUUGAUAAGUUAUUUAUUUUAGCAUGUGAUAGUCUUUAUGAUUGUUAUGUACACUUAUUUGUAUUCUUUUUAUGUGAAAUGCUUUUAACAUGUUUUUAUUAUACGCCCGUCUCUUUACUGGAUGUAUGAUAGAAACACCCAGGGUAUAUGGGCGGUCACAUGAUUCAUUGUUUUCGAUUUCCAGCCCGUACUGUUUUCAGCAAUAUAUCCAGAAUUGUGGUCCAUUUUUUACCUGUGGUGUAUAUUUCUGUCUAAUACUGUGUAAAGUAGAUGUUUUGUAUGUGAUGGCAAUCAUGUAUAAAUAUUGUUAUCAUUUUUGGAUUACUAUAUAAUUACAUGAUGAUAAUCUAUCAUAUUACUGAUAAUUCCAUCUCAUGAUCAUCAUUUAUUUGAUAAUAAAAUCUCAAAUUGAUGCCUGAAUGCAAGUUCCCAUGAUUAAAAAAAAUGUUUUGAUCACAUUUAUUAAUACAUUUUUCGUAGAAAUGUCAUAAUAUGUAUUAUAUAUCAGUACCUGAAUAGAGUUUGUAACAUGUUUUCAUCUUAAGUCAUGUGAUAUUGGUACACAAAUGACAAUAAAUCAAAACCAUGACAAUGUGAAAUUCAUUUAUAAAUGUUUUGUCCUUAGUUGAGAUGAUUUCAUACUUUUACUGGGAUUUUUACUAUGAAAUUUUUUUGUAACAAAGAGGGUCAAAAUUGUAUUUCAGAUUGUUUAUCAGUCAGUUGUUCCAAUAUCAAUGACAAUUUCAGAAUAGAGUUCUGUUGUAUUCAUAAUUCAAAUUACUUGUAUACAGAAAAAGAAAAAUGUUUAUUCCUUAUGAAUCAGUUGUAGAUGGCAAAUAUUUAAUAAUUAUUGUAUAAAAUGGCUAUUUUGAUGAUAUAUUCAUUAAUAGAUCAAUUGAAUUUUUUGCAGUGAUACUUAAGGUAAGACACACAAGACUGUAAAUUGGUUGUUUUUGUGUUACAACUUGAUGAAGACAAUCAGGAAUAGUUGUAGAUUACCUGAAGCAAAGCACUAUCAAUAGAUCUCUAAAUAAAAUAUUUUUGUAGUGAAAAGCAAUACGUUCUGUUACAUUAUUUAUGUGCAAAUAUUAUGAAAUAUAUGUGAACAUAUUGUGUACCUUUAUUUUCAGCUUGGGGUUAUGCUGGAAGAUGAGUGACACAAGUGAAGUGUUAUUUAAAAAGUAUAAACAAGAGCUACGAAUAUGUGUAUACUUGAAAUUCACAUAUUUAUUGUAUUUGUAUCUCUUUUUUUGAAAAGGUAAACACUGCAGUGAAGUAUGCCAAAUAAAUAUAUUAAGAAAUUUGACCCAAAGUACAUUUUGUGUGUGUAAAAAACGGGCAAUAAGUCCUCUAAAAUACCGGUUAUACUUGUUAUAUUUUCUCAAGAAUAAGUUGCCAACUGUUAUAAAGUUCUUAGACUUUAAAUUCAAUAUUUCAUUUAUUGAGAAAAUCGACCUAUUGAGAAAAUUUUGAUUUAUAAUAUCAGGUACUAUUGCCAUAAAAUCAUCCAGAAUGGCUUCAUCAUUAUAAACAGGAUGAUAUUCAAUUCAAUGUUUUGGAAAGCUAGUGUCAGUACCAAAACACAAACAUGGCAGAUGACUCUGGAAAUACAAAUCUUAGAGUUAAUUUCCCUGUUUAAAUUGAUUAGCUGUUAUAAUAACAAGUAAUGCAGAUUUAUAUGGAUACCUUGGUUUAAAUGACAGAAUAGGGCUUAAAUUAUACACUCGUAUUCAAAUUUGGAACAUAACUUAUGCUGACAAAAGAGCACCCAUAGCUUUUUGAAUAGUUGAGCUAAUUAAAUUGCUUACAGUGUUUAGUAUGUAUGAUAUAAGGCAUUAUGUGCUGUUCCUGAGGUUUUGUUGUUAAUAUGUAUAUCAUAUUUUAUAUUUUAAGAACUUCAAUUCAUGGUCUUGUGUUAGGUAUAAAAUAUGUGAUAGAGUUCAGUUACGUGUCACUCAGUUCUGUUAAGUGUUACAAAGUUCUAUAAUGACACAGUACUGUUACAUGUGACACAGUACUGUUACAUUUUUCACUGGCAUUAUAUAAUGAAUAAAAUUAAAAUUCUCA